AUGUCGACCGAAACUGCCAAUAAGCUGCGCAGUGCCAUAGCCAAGGAAAACAGUUUGACCAAAGAAACGGAGUAUCUCAAGAAGGAACUCGUAGGCGCCAGGCGCAGUCAGAAGGAUGUCCUCAGACAAAACGUGACGUUGUUGAAGGAAAUCGAUCGGCUGAGAGGCCGACCAUCGUACAACAUGCAGGUGCCUGAUGUCAACGACACUUCCGCGCAAACUAUGAUCACAACCGAAUUGGUGGAUGUGCGGAACUACGAGGAUGUGGUUGCAAUCAAUGCCAAGCAGACCAUCGCACUCAGGUAA